UAAUUAUAUAAUUAUUAUUCGUUACAGAUACAGACAUGCAAAUAGAAAAAGAAGAUGGCAUUAACAAUGGCAAAACUGACGGAAGAGGAAAUAAUUAGGAAGCCAUUGAUGAUAGCAAUGAAAGGGCAUCCUGCAACUGGCAAAUCCACUUUAGCCCACGCCUUAGCUUCAACCCUCAAAUUCCCUCUCAUCGACAAAGACGACAUCCGCGACUCCACUUUUCAUCUCCAACAGUCUUCUUCUUCUUCUUCUUCCCACCUCCUCAACGACCUCUCCUACGAAGCUAUCUGGCGAGUCGCCUCAACGCAGCUCCAGAUUGGCCUCAGCGUCAUCAUCGACUCUCCUCUUUCUCGCAGAACCCAUCUUGACCGUUUGCUCGACUUGGCUGCCUCGACUGGAGCUCAACUCCUGGUUGUGGAGUGUCAGGCGUUGGACCAGGCCAAGUGGAGGGAGAGGCUUGAAGGAAGGGAAAAGAGUUGGCACAAGCCAACCACUUGGGAGGAGCUUGAGAAGUUGGUCAAAGGGUAUAGCGGAUGCACGGAGUAUGAUGUCGGCGACGUGCCCAAGAUGGUGGUUGAUACGACGGCGCCUAAUCUUGGGGUGGAGGAGUUGGUUUCCAGUGUGGUGGACUUCAUUGCUUCUUCUUGUGGCGGCACGUGCGCAUAAGAUAGGAUUGUAGACAUGUGUCCAACGAGAUGCAUAAAAACUAGAAAUUAUGACCGUAAGAAAUGAUCAUUUUAUUAGUUGGUUGGUAAUUACAAUGAAGGAAGCGUUGAAUAAAAAAUAUUUUCUAAAAAUGUACAUUCAUUUUGAAAUGACAAAAAAAUAAUUGUUUUCUUUUUCUGAGGACGGUGUUAGUUAGGACGAUGGG